AUGACAACCAAUCAUUAUUAAUUGCUCAUUUAUGAUGAUGAAUUCGUUCAGUAUUAUUCUUCUAUAUCCCUAUAGGAAUACCACUUAUGAUGAAUCCUCACUUGAAUAUCUCAUGACUGUUUGCAUUUAAUAAUCAACUGUCAAUUAAUCAUAAAAAUAACCUUACUAGAAACAUACCUUCACAAAAGAUGAAGAUAAAGAAAUACUCAUGUUUGUUUCACUAUAUGGACCAAAUUUUAACAAAAUUGUCAAAUAUUUCCCUGGCAAAACUAUGAAUAUGAUCAAGAAUCGUUAUUAUAAGAAACUUCGUUAUCUAAAAUCUGAAUUUGAUGUAGAUAAUCAAUCUAACUCAAUAAAUAACAAUUCAAAAAAUAAAAAAAAUCAUUGA